UGAUAGCGCGUGAAAAAAUUGUCGUUGCGAAAUUCUACGCCGUUUAGAACGAAAUAAUAUAAUAAUAUAUUAUGUGGACUGUGGUAUGAACUAGGAACACCUUAAGUCGGCGGUAGUCGACGACGUCAAAUCGAGUGUUGCCUGAAGAGACUUCCACGUCGAACUGACUGAUUUCCGGCAUUUAACUAUGUUUUGAACUCAAAAAAAAAAACCAUUUACGUUGCUUUUAACCUUUCAAAUGUCAAGUCGGGGUUGACAGUUAUUGUAUACUAUGCCAGAAACGAUGAACUUUAAAAACGAGCCCUACCUUUAUUUGCGCCCAACGUUGUUUUUAAACCUAUAUUAUAUUUUGUUGUUUCUAAACCAUAAACGACAGUUAUAUGCAAACGUGCGUUGAUUAAAUCGUUUUUAACAAUUAGCUAUCAAUAGACUUCCUCUUCGCCUCUAGGUCACGCUAUAACGUACGCUGACGUAGUGAUUUGUUUGUAAAUAAUAGGCUGAGCGAAAUUUUUACUGUAUCCAUUGGCAUAUUUACUACAACAAGUUUUCUUUAAAAAAUCUUUCCACCUCACCCCAUUUACAAAUCUGGAAGACCAGUCUAAUCAUUUUUAUAUCCAUCGCCAUUUAAAAAUUAUCGGUCCACUCAUCGCUAUACUAAUUAUUCUCCUGUACAGCAAACAAAUUGAAAUAUUAUUUAAUUAUUGUUAAUGUUCUUUUAAAAUUUUAAAACAAGUUUUUGUCCGGGGUUUUGAUGUUGAAAAAUUGUUAGGCGUUUAUAAAUAUUUUUAUGUAGGUGUAAAAUGAAAAUAAUUUGUACAUAACAUUUUCAAAUCGUUGAAACUCCGGAUAAAAAGUAGUUUGAAAAUAUUUUUAAAUGUUUAAAAACUGAAAAAAUUCUGACUAAUACUGACUGAUAGAAAAUGUAAAUAAUAUAAACAACAUACUGCCCAAAUAUCUGUGCGAUUUAAAAAAUAACGAUGUGCUAAAACUAUUUUGAGACUAGAUUCCGUUUCGCCGAAAAAAUGCCUAAUGUCUUGGUUCUUGUUCUAAAAAGUGUCAAAUUUUUAUGAACAUUGCAGUAUACUUAAACCCUGUUGUCAAAAAUAAUUGUAAUAAUUUUCUUGGCCAGAAAUUUAAUUUACUAUUAUCAUUUUUAAAUACUAUUAAAACAAAGAAAAUAUUUUAACAACAUUUUGCUAUCCACAUGUAACAUGCCUUAUUUUUUCAUCCAAUAUUUUCAUUACUCGUGGGAUUUAAUAAAUAAAUUAAAUUUUUACCGUUUUGAAUUUAGAAAAAUUGAGAUUUUCCUAAAAUUAUAACUCAUUGGUUAUGAACUUAUGAUUCUCCACCAAAUAUAUAAUAUUAUGAGUAGUAGGGGAGGCCGCUUUCAGUUUAGACUUUAGUGUUCACGGUAAGACGCAUCCGUUAUCGUGUUCCAAUAAAAAUCGUCUAGUGACCGUUUUUACUUUUUCCCGAUCGCCUAGUCAGUCGUUGCGAUUCCGCAUUUGUCAAGUUUUCAACAACGAUAGCAAAGCAGACGCAAUGAUUGUCAAAGAUGUGCCAGGUAACUCGGAUGCCAACAUCUUCCACGCCUUGUUCGACAAAGACGACGUAGAUUUUGAGAUCGGAAUCGAUAACCAUUCCGGGUGGAAAGUAUGGUGUACCAUCGUCGUCGAGUACGAGUCGUACUCCUACAUUCUCGAUAAUGGUUUGUAUUCUUUAAAAUCCCUUGAAACAGAAGGAGGACACCUUCAUUUCAUUAGUCAAAACACUGAUGAUGGGAAGAUUUUAGUGGCGAUGAAGGCUCAAAUGAAUGGCGACCGUAGUUACGAAGAGGAAGCCGUCCAAUGUUCGCGAAUUCAAUUCCGAUUCUACGUGGAAGACGAUGUCGAAGCCAAGAAGCUAGCUGCGUCUCAAGCUAAGGAGAAAGAGGAAGAUCUUCGGAGACUCUACCAUAACGAACCAAUGUUUGACAUCAUCAUUAAGACGCUCACAGGCAACUCGCAUACUUUGAAUGUUUGUGGGAAAUAUACCAUCGAACGGGUAAAGCAAUUGAUCCAAGAUGUCGAAGGUAGCCCUCCUGAUCAGCAACGAUUAGUAUUCCAGGGCAUACAACUCGAAGAUGGAAGACUUUUGAAGGAUUACAGCAUUAAAGAUGGCUCUGUCGUGGGUCUGGUUCUACAUUUGAGAGGCGGCGGAUGCGUUCAAGACGGCUCUGUUGUGCCUCUGAUUGAGAAUUUGAGAGGCGGCAGAAGCGUUCAAUACGGCUCUGACGUGCAUCGGAUUAAGAAUUUGAGAGGUGGCGGAAGAGGAGUGGUUUGUUUCAGUAAAAAAACCGAUCAACGUUUUGAAACUUACAAUAAAACUUUCAUCAAAUCGAAAUAUCAUUUGUUGGAAAGCUUGAUGUUGGAAUUUAGAACUAAACCGGCGUAUAGCUUUACUCCUUGAUAACAAUUUUAAUUAAAAAGAAUAAAACAAAUUUACUUAAUUUUAGGAGUGUACUAUAAUAAGUAUUUGACUAAUCAUAGUAAGCAAAUAAAACGGAUCAUAAUGACAAGACUAAUAAGAGGAUUUUAAAUUUCAAAGGCUGAAAGAGUUAGAAAAACUGAGAAGUUAUGAGUUCUUUUUUUUGUAUGUAUUUUGUUAUAAUGAUAGAUACAAGACUUUAAAAAUAAGAGGAUUUCAAAUUUUUAAGGUUGAAAAAGUUAUUUGUUUUUUUUAAUUUCUAUUUUAUUUUAUGUACUUUGUUAUCAUACAAGACUUUAAAA